GAAUGAUUUCAUUAAAUAUUGAUCUUCUCUUUUCUUCAAUCAAAGAAUCUUGAGAGCAAAAUGAUCAGAUUCCUGACGAAUGAACUGGGAAACUUUAAGAAAAUCUUACAGGAAGAAAACAGACAAGAGUUUGUAAAGGAGUUUAAUGAGAACAGAAGCAGAAUCACAGAAGCAGCUCUUGAUCUCACACUCUUCUUCCUGAGAGAGAUGAAGCAAGAUCAAGCUGCUGAUACACUUGAAGGCGAGCUUUUCUUCAUCAAUCAGCUUAAAUGUAGCCUGAAGAAGAAAUAUCAAAGUGUGUUUGAAGGAAUUGCUCAGCAAGGAGACUCCACACUUCUGAAUAACAUCUACACAGAUCUCUAUAUCACUCAGGGUGCGAGUGAACAGGUCAACACUGAACAUGAGAUUAGACAGAUUGAAGCUGCUUCUAGACGUCAUCAAUCACUAGAGAUACAGGUUGAAUGCAAACAUUUGUUUGAAGCACCUGAACAAGACGAGCAGAUCAGAACUGUCCUGACAAAAGGAGUUGCUGGCAUCGGGAAAUCAGUCUCUGUGCAAAAGUUUGUUCUGGAUUGGGCUGAAGGGAAAGAAAAUCAAGACAUCAGCUUCAUAUUUCCUCUUCCAUUCAGAGAGAUGAACUUAAAGGAGAAAGAAAAACAAAGUUUAAAAGACCUUAUAACUCAGUUUUUCCCAGAGAAUAAAGGACUGAACCUUACAAAAAGCACACGAUUCAAAGUCCUGUUCAUCCUUGAUGGAUUGGAUGAAUGUCGUCUUCCUCUGAACUUUGCUAGUAAUGAGACGUGUCGUGAUGUAUCUUCAGCAGUCUCUCUGGAUGUUCUCCUGACGAACCUCAUCAAGGGAAAUCUGCUUCCUUCUGCUCUCAUCUGGAUCACCAGCAGACCAGCAGCUGCCAGUAAGAUUCCUGCUGACUGUAUCGACCGGCUGACAGAGAUACGAGGAUUCAAUGAUGCCCAAAAGGAGGAGUAUUUCAGAAAGAGACUCACAGAUCAGAAUCAGGCCAAAGAAAUCAUUGAUCACAUUAAACAGUCAAAGAGUCUCUUUAUUAUGUGCCACAUCCCAGUCUUCUGCUGGAUUUCAGCCACUGUUCUCCAGAAUAUUUUGAAGGAGAACAGAAAUACUGAACUGAAACACAGGGCUAAUGCUGAAACACUGCAGGAAUCUCCCAAGACUCUGACACAGAUGUACACACACUUUCUCCGCUUUCAGAUCCAGCAGAACAGAAGAAAGUAUGAUGGAGAAAACACACCAGAUGUCUCCUGGGAUCCAAACCUCAUCCUUUCACUGGGGAAACUGGCCUUCCAGCAACUGGAAAGAAACAAUGUGAUCUUCUAUGAGAGAGAUCUGAAAGACUGUGGCAUUGACGUCUAUAAGGCAUCGGUGUACUCGGGCAUGUGUACCCAGAUCUUUAAGAAGGAGACAGGAAUCAUUCUUGGUACCAUGUACUGCUUUCUUCACUUGAGCAUUCAAGAGUUCAUUGCAGCCCUUUAUCAACAUCUGUUUCUAGACAGCGACAAGAAACGAGCAGAAAAAAGCAGAAAUAAGGCUAUGAGGAAUUUGCUGAAGACUGCAGUGGACAAGGCUCUGGAAAGUGACAAUGGACAUCUGGACCUUUAUCUUCGCUUCCUUCUCGGUCUGUCACUCCAGUCCAAUCGACAACUCUUACGAGGCCUGUUGAUACAGUUGGAUGACAGUGACCAGAGCAAAAAGAAAAUAAUUGCAUACAUCAAGAAGAAACUAGAAGGAAAUCUGUCUCCAGAGAGAUCCAUCAAUCUGUUCUACUGUCUGAAUGAACUGAAUGAUCAAACUCUGCUGAAACAGAUUCAGUCUCACCUCAGUAGAGGAAGUCUGUCAUCUGCUGACCUUUCACCUGCCCAGUGGUCUGCUCUGGUCUUUGUGUUGUUGACCUCAGAGGAGGAGCUGGAGGAGUUUGAGCUUCAGAAAUUCCAGAGAUCAGACGAGUGUCUCAUCAGACUAUCAGCAGUCAUCAAAUCCUCCAAAAGAGCUCAGCUACAGGGCUGUUAUCUCACUGUUCAGUCCUGUGAGAGUUUGUCUUCAGCUCUACAAUCCUCAAACUGUGUCCUGAGAGAGCUGGAGCUGAGUAACAAUGACCUGCAGGAUUCAGGAGUGAAGCUUCUCUCUGAUGGACUGAAGAGUCAACACUGUAAACUGAAGACACUGAGAUUGGCCAUGUGUAAUCUCAGUGCUCAGUCCUGUAAGAGUUUGUCUUCAGCUCUACAAUCCUCAAACUGUGUCCUGAGAGAGCUGGACCUGAGUAACAAUGACCUGCAGGAUUCAGGAGUGAAGCUUCUCUCUGAUGGACUGAAGAGUCAACACUGUAAACUGGAGACACUGAGAUUGUUUGGCUGUAUGGUGACAGAGGAAGGCUGUGGUUUUCUGUCUUCAGCUCUGACUUCAAACCCCUCACACCUGAGAGAGCUGGAUCUGAGCUACAAUCAUCCAGGAGAUUCAGGAGUCAAGCUGCUCUCUGAACAACUGGAGGAUCCAAACUACACACUGGAAAAACUCAAUCUGGAUCAUGGAGGAGACGCGAGGAUUACAGCAGGACCACGCAAAUGGGCCUGUUUCCUCACACUGGAUCCAAACACAGCACACACUCGUCUCAUUCUGUCUGAGGAGAACAGAGAGGUGAAGUGUGUGAGAGAGAAUCAGCCGUAUCCUGAUCAUCCAGACAGAUUUGAUGGUGUGUAUCAGGUGUUGUGCAGAGAGAGUGUGUGUGGACACUGUUACUGGGAGAUUGACUGGAGUGGAGAUGAUGUGGAAAUAUCAGUGUCGUAUAAGAGCAUCAGGAGGAAGGGAGGAGGUUUAGAGUGUGUGUUUGGAUCUAAUGCUCAGUCCUGGAGUUUGUUCUGUUCUUCCUCCAGUUUCUCAUUCAUACACAAUAACACACGCACUGAUCUCCCAGUAACUCCGCUCAGUAGGAGAAUUGGAGUGUUUAUGGAUCACAGUGCAGGAACUCUGAUCUUCUACAACCUCUAUAGAGACGCAAUGAGCCUCAUCCACUCAGUCCAGACCACAUUCACUGAGCCGCUCUGGCCUGGGUUUUGGGUUUAUCCUGGAUCAUCAGUGAAACUGAGCUAA